AUGAAUAAGAAGAAGAAGAAGAAGAAACAUAUUUGUGAUAUGAAAGACUUAAGUGGUACAAGCAAAUCUACCCUUCUCCUAAUAAUCGCGGGCCGAGUAAAAGACAAAGAUUUCAAUCCAAAAACUAUCUCAAUCAAUGAUCACCCUAUGAGUACUCCAUCUCAAUUAAGAACAAUAUGUGGCUUUGUUUCACAAGAAGAUAACUUGCUUCGAUUUCUAACAGUGAAAGAAACUUUGCUAUUUAGUGCAAAGUUUAGGCUAAAAGAAAUGACACCAAAAGAAAGAGAAUUAAGAGUAGAAAACUUAAUGCAAGAGUUAGGACUUUUUCAUGUAGCACAUAGUUUUGUUGGUGAUGAAGAAAAUAGAGGUGUUUCUGGUGGUGAAAGAAAAAGGGUAUCAAUUGUUGUUGAUAUGAUUCACAAUCCACCAAUUUUAGUCUUGGAUGAACCAACAUUAGGACUUGAUAGUACCUCAGCUCUUCAUGUUAUUGAGCUUCUUUCUUCAAUGGCUAAAUCAAAGCAAAGGAUAGUUAUACUUUCAAUUCAUCAACCUAGCUAUAGAAUAUUGCAAUAUAUUUCCAAGUUCUUGAUCCUUUCUCAUGGUUCACUAGUUCAUAAUGGUAGUUUGGAAUCACUAGAGGAAAGAAUAUCCAAUUUGGGAUUUCAAAUUCCAAUGCAACUUAAUGCCCUUGAAUUUUCAAUGGAAAUUAUACAAAGUUUAGAAGAUAGUACUAGUAGUUCCAUCGUCGACAAAAACGAAACUUCUUUUCCAAGUUCCAUGUGA